UUGUGGACAUUUACGAGUUCGUUACGCAUUUUGUUAAACUAAACUACCAUUCAAAAGUUGUCAAUUUCUCUAUAAGUAACCGUUUUGUAUAAAACUAAAAACCUGUUCUGUAAAAAAAUACCUCAAAAAUUACUCAACUUUGUAAUCUUUAUUAAAAGAUUGGUAAAGUAUUUUUCACUUUUCCAUAAAAAUAAUGUUAAAAUAAAUAUUAGUCAUUGUGUCUACUUCGGAAAAAUCCCCCAAAAGUGAUUUUAGUGAUUUUUCUAUGGUCUCAGCAUUAAAUACACAGCAUCAACAAUUCAGUUUGCAGAGACUGUUAAUAGUGCCAAUACGUUAAACGGUGCAGAUAAUAAUAAUUAAGAUUUUUAUUAAAAUAAAAAUAAACAACAAAAGUUUAUAAUAAAUAAAUACUUAAUAAAAUUUUUAUAAAAAAACAAAGAAAAGAAAAUAUAACAAACGCAAACAAAUAAAAAUCGUGAUAAAAAACCAUUGGGGCAUUUAAAACGAAAGUCUAUACCUACAUCCAUUAAAAACUUUAUGUGAAAGUCCAUAAAUAUUUUAUAAAUAUUUUAGAAUUUAAACAAUUCACGCGAAUUCUACACACUCGAAUAACAACAUGACAGAUCAUCAUCUACACACAUCUUUACAAAUGGAAAACAACAAUUUAAGUCAAGAAAUGGAGGAUCUAACAGAUAAAAAUGAUCAUCAACACGAUUUAUAUCCACCUUCAGAAAUUGAUGAUAUUGAUGGUCGUAUACCACGUAUUCCAAGAGCAGUUCCUGAAACUGAUGACGACGAUGAAUAUGAUGAUCGACCAAAUUUUAUAGGUCCACGUAUGGGUGUCGAUGAUGGUCUACUGCCAAACGAUGAACAUGGUGUUGUAGCAAAUCACCAUCCUGUGAAGCCACCCACUAGACGUCCCAGUUUUGCUUUUCCCGGUUAUGAUGGUGCAGGUUUUGUAAAUAUUAAUGGAGUCGAGACCCCUAUUCCUGAUAUAAAUGCUUACCAACACAAAAAGACUUUGGCACAAGGAAUGAUGGAUCUGGCCUUAUUAUCUGCCAAUGCCAAUCAAUUGCGUUAUGUGCUGGAGUCCUAUGACCGACAUCCCUACUAUUAUGCCAGUUUAAUUUUUAUUUCUUUAAGCAUCAUUUUCCAAAUCAUAGUUGGAGUUGGUUUAAUACUCAAUAGUAAAUACAAUGUUAAAAACGAAAAGGAGAUUUGUCGUGCUAAUAAAGUCAAUAAUUAUACAGUUAUUGGUAUUUUUAUUGUUACGGUAGUAAAUGUUUUUAUAUCCGCCUUUGGUGUGGCCGAUCCUCAAUCAGAAAGGAAUACAUAAAAUCUUUUAAAAACAUUUUAAAUUUAAAUGUAAAUAAUUUAAGUAGUUUUUAAGUCAAUCUCACAAAACCCUUUUAAAAUCCCAUCGAAUGAAAUUAUUUUUUUAUUAAAUGUUAAUUUAUAUAUUAUUAUAAAUAAAUAUUUAUUAAAAUGUGCUUAAGAAAACAAUAAU